CUUUGCCUGUCUCUCGUAUAUGAUGACCAUUUAUGUAUGUGUUUUGUGCAUGAUGGCAUCUGAUACUGGGUGGAGCGGAUGAUGGCAUCUUAUUAUCCUGGUGUGAAUAAAUACUACUAAAUAUAUGAGGUACAUGAAACUUCUAAUGAAGUGAAUGUCUGCUCUUUAAGAAACUCUUUCUACUGUUAUUCUACUUGCUCAACAUGGCCCACUACUACUCUCUUUAACUUUUUUCCUACUAUAAACACCUUCACUUAUCUUGCUUUCCCUCUGCUUCCUUCAACAACUUGAAACUCUUCUACAAUUCUAAGCUUCUUUCUAUUGUUCUUCACCUUCUACUGCAACAACCAAUAUUCCCUCCACUUCUCACUAAAAACAUAAGCCGAUAUUCCCUCUGUAACUCACCAAACUUUAGCCAUGUAUUCAGGUGAUGCUCCCGCGCUUGGGUUCAUGACACCUACUGACAGAGCUAUAUACCCUGUUGACAUUAGCAUGAUGCAAAACGAUAUAAAUAUACCCACCACAAAUUUCAGUGGUUAUUCAGGGCUUUUACACUACUCUCAGACUCAAAAUUUCCCUACAGUUUAUGAAUUUGGUCCGCAGUUUUCAUGUCUUAGCAACACUUCUUCAGCUUCUGAUGAGGCAGAAGAACUGCAGCUAAGAGUCAUCGAUGAAAGGAAACGAAGAAGAAUGAUAUCAAACAGGGAAUCUGCUCGUCGGUCAAGAAUGCGCAAACAGAAACAUUUAGAUGAGCUUUGGUCACAGGUCGUUCGGCUCCGGAAUGAAAACCGCGAACUCAUCAACAAAUUAAAUCAUGUCUUGGAGUGUCACGAGAACAUUCUUCAAGAGAAUACUCACCUUAGGAAAGAUGCUUCUGAACUCCGGACAAAGCUUGCGGAGCUGCAGCAACUUGAUAAACCUUGCAAGGCUUUGAGAGAAGUUCCCUGCAACACAGCUCAUCUAAGAGCUGAACCUUCAACUCAAUCCAUCACUAGUUCCAUGGAUUUACUCCAUUAGAUGAAACGCGUGUCUCUUUGUCCUUUCUCUCUCAGCUCCUAUCUUCUUCUGUUAAGUAUUAAAAAAUUACUAAUCCACCUUUGUCUUCAAUUGAGCUGCAUCGACAUGUAAAGAGACUUCUUAAUAACAAAUUUUAGGAUUUUCAUUUUAAUGAACAAUUGUUAUAAUA